CUCGAGAGGAAGGGACUUCUGCCGCUCUGCCAAACAUGCACCCGACACAAGUUUGACUGGAUUGUCCAUUUUCCCAUCUACUUGUACUGCUUUUGACCUGCGCACCAUUGAAAGUGAUGAGACACCAUGACCCGCUCGGAGGAGGAUAAUCUUGCACCCGCAGUAGAAAUCAUGGACACCGAAAGGCACUCCGCUGAAAGGUGACCUCCAGACACUUCACCUCCCCAAAACAUUUGAAUAUGCCAUGACACAACGAUGAGCUCCAACAGCACAGACCCUGGUCUCUUCCUGACUGCAAUCACCUCACUACCAUCAGCCGGAGCCUUCCCACAAUCUUUGAAUUCCCUGGAGAAUAAUUCAUCUUCCACCAGCAAUCUCCUAAACCUCACCUCAGAAUCUAAGAACAUAACAACACCCCUUCAUCACGUGGUUAGCCUUCCUUUGUGGCAGGUUAUCAUCAUUGUCUUGCUGACAGGCAUGCUGUCACUGAUCACCGUCAUCGGCAACGUCCUGGUGGUGGUAUCCUUCAAAGUUAAUCGCCAGCUUAAGACAGUCAAUAACUACUUCCUGCUGAGCUUGGCUGUGGCUGACCUCAUCAUAGGGGUCAUCUCCAUGAACCUUUACACAGCUUAUCUUGUAAUGGGCUAUUGGGCCAUGGGCAAGUGGGCAUGCGACAUGUGGCUGGCUAUAGACUAUGUGGCUAGCAAUGCUUCAGUUAUGAACCUACUGGUCAUCAGCUUUGACCGCUACUUUUCAAUCACCAGGCCUUUGACCUACCGAGCCAAAAGGACCACAAAGCGAGCUGGGAUCAUGAUCGGCCUGGCCUGGUUUGUUUCUCUUGUUCUGUGGGCCCCAGCCAUCAUCCUAUGGCAGUUUUUUGAGGGUAAAAGGACAGUCCCCUCAGAUGAAUGCUACAUUCAGUUCCUCACAGAGCCCACUAUAACUUUCUGCACAGCCAUGGCUGCUUUCUACCUGCCUGUGACGAUAAUGAGUGUUCUCUACUGGCUAAUUUACCAGGAAACCCAGAACCGUUCGAAGGAGUUAGCUGGGUUGCAGGGUUCGGGAAGUCGUGGUGGGGCUGGAGGAAAAGGAGGGAGUGGUGGGGGCGAGAAAGCCCGUUUCGUCCAUCAGACAGGAAGUUCUAGAAGUUGCAGCAGCUACGAGCUAACUAGGUUAUCACGGAGAAGAAGCACAUGUCGGGAGUUGGUUGGCCGCUUCCACUGCUGGCCUGGGGUUCGCUCCUGGAGACCUGGCAGUAUCCGGCAAGGAGAGGGUGAUCCAGACCAGAGCAGCAGCGACAGCUGGAACAACAACGAUGCUGCAAUCUCGUUGGAUCACUCUGGGUCUUCAGAGGAUGAGGAAUGUGGGGGCAAAGAGAUGAUUUCCCAGAGUCAUGCUAUUUUCUCCAUCGUUCUCAGCCUGCCUGGUAUAAAAGCUGCUGUCAACUCCCAACUCACCUCAUGUGAGGAUCUGGAUGCAGCCUCAGAGAACGAUCCCCUCAGGGGAGAGGAGUAUAGUAGAGACAGCCUCUCAACCGCCACCACUAACACCACUGCCACCACUACUCCCGAUGGUGAAGUAAAUUCAGAAAAAAGUGCAUACCACCAGCGCUUCGGCUCACGCAAGAUUCAAUCGAUGCCUAUCAUCCAGUCCAACUCGAACCAAGGCUUGAAUGGUCCCUCAACAACUGCUACCACCGCCACCGACAAUUCUACCACCAGCACCACCACUAAAUCCCCCUCUGUCCCAAUAUCCUUCAAAGAGGCAGCUAUGGCAAAGCGUUUUGCAACCCGUGCCCGGACUCAGAUCACUAAGAGGAAGCGCAUGUCCUUAGUGAAGGAGAAGAAGGCAGCUCAAACUCUCAGUGCCAUCCUCUUUGCAUUCAUCAUAACAUGGACACCUUACAACAUCAUGGUGCUGAUCAAUGCCUUUUGCAAAAAUUGCAUCCCAGCGACACUGUGGGCUGUUGGGUACUGGCUUUGCUACGUCAACAGCACAGUCAACCCCAUGUGCUACGCCCUGUGCAACAAGACUUUCCGUACAACCUUUAAGAUGAUACUAAUGUGCCAAUGGGACCAGAAAAAAAGGCGGAAGCAGCAGUUCCAGCAGAGGCAGUCGGUGGUCUUCCACAGAAGGAUUCCCAGGGAGUCAACGUAAAGGACUAGGAAGAGUAAGAUUUAACACAGGAGAAGAAAAAGGAAGAAGCAUCCAUGUAGUUGUUUCUGUGGAGUAUCUUUGCUUAGAGAUCCUUAAUGUGUUUCUCUGCUGGUGUGUCCAGCACAGCAACCCCAUGUGGUGGUUUAUGAGAUAUGUGUUGGUGUUGGAGCAUCCUUUUAGCAAAACUGUGUGCUUGAAGGAUUGUGUAUACAGUAGUGAGAUUCAGUUAUGAAAACUCUCUCUCUCUCCUUAAUGAAUUCAACCGUUUGAAUGUGGGAACCAAUAGAAAAGGGCUUUAAAAUGCUUUGCAGGAGAAUCUUUGAAGUGCAAUUGACACAAGAGGAAAGGAUAUAUUUGUCACAGGGCUGGGUAUUCACAUGUAUUAUAUUGUCUCUACAUAGAUCUGUAACGUGCAGAGUGGUUUUGCAUUAAAAACAAAACAUGGAAUCUGUUGUCACUGAAAGCCAAGACAAAAACUAGUGUUAGUGUUCACAUGCUUCUACAUCGUACUGAUUUGACCUGUCUCCUAUUGACUGGCAGGUGUUUUUAUCAGAAACUAUGUACAUUGCCUUUCUACAUAAAUAUAGCUUCCCUGUGUCUGAUGGAAUAUAAAAAAAAGUUCUUGAAUUGUGUCCUUCAGUCAACAGAGUUAUUUUUGUGAUAUUAAUUUUUGAGGUUUUCUAGAUAUUCCUGAGAUUUUGAGCCAGUCUGAAAAUUCUUCUUCUGAUGAAUUGAGUUGUGGAUAUUUGUGUGGCACCACAGUCAGUGAACUGCUGUAGUGUUCAAUGUGAUUGUUGUGGUUUUUAUGGUGGAGACAAUAAGUACAUUGGUUGUGUUUAAUGUACUUGCAGUUCUCUGUCCAGAGUAAUGAUUAUACAUUGAUGAUAUUCUGUUUGUGUCUAUUUGAAUAUUUCUGACUUGAUAUACAAUGAUUGAUUGCACACACAAAGAUGUCCAUUUAUAAAGAUGUGUGUUUUGAUGUUACACUAUCUUUUAGAUUUCUACAAAAUGAUACAGCUACGGUACUUUUUGUAGAGGGCCGCCACU